CCCAUUUCCAUUUCCAACUCCAUCUCUAUCUCCAUCUUCAACCCUCGACGACCAUCAGACCUCAAUCACCCACGCACUAGCCUUGUCUUUCGCCUCCUCCGCAUCCUCGACCACCGAACUCGUCGCUAUCGUCGCUUCACUACACAGUAGCUUCUUCCGCUGCUCUCACUCUUGGUCAACAUGUCGAGUAAUCGUAACUAUGAUUUCCUGAUUAAGCUGCUCCUGAUAGGCGACUCCGGCGUCGGCAAGUCGUGCUGUCUGCUGCGAUUCAGCGAAGACUCCUUCACCCCUUCAUUUAUCACCACUAUCGGUAUCGACUUCAAGAUCAGAACUAUUGAGCUCGAUGGAAAGCGCGUCAAGCUGCAGAUCUGGGAUACCGCCGGUCAGGAGCGUUUCCGCACCAUCACCACCGCCUAUUACCGUGGUGCCAUGGGAAUCCUCCUUGUCUACGACGUCACCGACGAGCGCUCAUUCAACAACAUCCGAACUUGGUUCCAAAACGUCGAGCAACAUGCUACCGAGGGUGUCAACAAGAUUCUAAUUGGCAACAAGUGCGACUGGGAGGAGAAGCGAGUUGUUUCCACCGAGCAAGGCCAAGCCCUCGCCGACGAGCUGGGCAUUCCCUUCCUCGAGGUCUCCGCCAAGAGCAACAUCAAUAUCGACAAGGCCUUCUACAGCCUAGCCGCAGACAUCAAGAAGCGACUUAUCGACAACUCCAAGAACGACCAACCCUCAGCGAGCGGUGUCAACGUCGGCGAUAAGAGCGAAGGCGGCGGCAGCAAGUGCUGCUAAACCGAAUACCCUAAGGAGUUCGUUUAUCUGUCAUUUUCCGUUUGCCGUCGUUUUUAUUUUAUAUUUUUUCAAGCUUAUUACUUUGUAAACUCGAGGGAGGUGAACACGCUGUGUACGGGUCAGCGUGAGAUGAGAGAGUUGGAGAGUU